CCUUCUCGUGUGCCGUGCCGGCCUUCAUAGGUGCUCGCUAAAAGCACUUUCCCCAACAGCCUCUUCAGGCAAUACCGGGGAACUUUAUCAUUGUGUUAUACUGUAUAUGAAGUAUACUUAGCAAUCGUUUUCUCAAAGUGAACAGUUGUAUAAAUAGUACAUUUUUACGAACCAAAAACAAAUGUGCGAGCGACAGUCCAUUCAAGUGCUUAUGGAAAAAUGAACCUGAUCAUCAUCAUCAUCAUCACGAUCCAUGGGAGAGACACCCCGUAGGUGUCCAAUGCACGUUUCGUCUUAAUUUGGGGAUAAAAUCAACAAACAAAACUCUCCCAAGAAGGGGCGAUACCAGCCAAGGGCGUGUUGCCUUGCCGUGAUUACAAGCGGGCCGCGAACACCGGAGGACGCUCGCAAAGAAUAUGGAACAAACCAAAAACUGACGAGUGCACAAGGAAGAGGCAUGGAGAGCUCGGUGCAUGCUGGGAAUUACAAUGAGAAACCGACCAAAAAGGGAACAAAACAAAUGUAAAAGCGGACUAGGGCAGGACAAUUGCUAAGAAGGGAAUCGUGGCUGGUGGACAUCACGCAGUGUAGACCGGUGACAGCAGCAGCCACAUGAUGAAGGGAACGUGCCCGAAACGACGACCAUCGUGGAGAUGGCGCGGAGAGACGACGUGCAGUGGUGAGAUUGUGACAUGGGAAGGUCACGAGGCAUGGUGAAGAUGUUGCGGCCUUCAUCCAACAGUGGAUAGACCAAAACUGCUGCUGCUGAUGAUGAUUGUCAAUCCAUUGCAGUGGAUGAAGAUCAUGUUGGUCAUGGGGGCUGUUUAAGGACACCUCCACCGUUCUGGCCAAUGAAGGUUUGUCAAAUCGGGAGGAGGGGACAUCGACCUGUUCAGAUCUCACUCUUCGCUGAUGUUUAGCUGUGGACGGAAAUCAACCUCGCGUUGGUGGGAUUGUACCACAGUGCUCUAACCACUGCGCCACCGCUCCCUCUUACUCGUAAGGCCACUCGUUGGUGGGCCCGAGGCGGGGCGAGCCGUCCGCGUGGUUCUCCGAUGCGAGCUUGACCCCGACUGACCCGCGCGCAUUCGCAAUAGGAAGUCGCAAAGACAAUACGAGAAUCCUGUCUCCUAUUGCCGCCGUAGCCUCGCGUUGUUUAUCGCCGCCUCUCCCCGCAGUCGCUCGCAUAAGAGAGCGUGGUGGGUGGCACAGACGCGCGAGGUCCCCACGCGGUGGACAGAAUUGAUCGGCAAGCAUCACCGCCGCUGCCGCGAUGCCCAGCGUCAAGGGACUGGUGAUUGGGUGGCGCACGUGUGCGGGGGGGGGGGGGGGGUUACCCAGGACGGGCAUUGAACUGGCACUCGGAAGGUCGGCGACCAAGGGGAAGUCCUAAUACGCACGGUGGUAGUGAUAAUGUGGAAGAGGUCCUUGAAGAAUGCAUAAAUCGAGUAACCGGAGGUAGACUUAAUGACGUCAUGAGACUGCACGAGCAGCCUUCGUGGGUCAGGUGUCAACUUUGCAACGGCUGAAGGGAUCUAGCAGAAGGAAGGAAUCGAUGGCGAGCUGUGGUGGCAUCGACGGGAUUGGCCGUGGUGGCAGACAGGGCCGGUCGCGACCACCAAAAUAAUGCCGAGGUAAUUACCCACGAAAGCCUCGCCGAGCCUCGGGGCUCAUCUUCAGCAUGGCCCCGCGUUGGCGUGUGCGAGAAAUUGUAUUCCUGGGCGUUUGGCUUCGUGUCGGCGGAAAUCAGAGUCCAUGGAAAAGAAAAAAAGAACCACAUCAAGCGUUCGAGGGGCGUGGUGCUCCAGAGGGGUACACUUACUAAAUCCACGCCAACAACACCCGGUAGGGCCCGGUAGUUACCCGCCCAAGUACCAACCAGGCUCAACUCUAAUUAGGCUUCAGGGCGAUUCGGCCAUAAGCAGCAGAGUUUUUCGCCCGUCCCAGCGAGCGAGUCUGUGCACGGACAUUGUAAUUAUUAUUAUUAUUCAGAGCGUUUUCUUUUUACAUCUACUUGGCAGGCGAGACCGACCCAGACGCUGACAUCUCCGCUUGGCUGCGCUCUGCAUUUCGUCUCGUCCCCGAACAAGUGGUGGCUUUUAAAGCUGAAGUGUAAUGAUGAGUGCUAAUAUGUCAUUUAGUCAACAGGCCAGCCACCCAACUAGCUAGCCAGCCACACAGCCACGCAGCAACCCAGAUAGUCAUAUAGCCAAUCACCCACUUAGCCAACCACAUAUCCAGUCACUCGGCCAGCUAGUCACUCUCCACCAGUCACUCCAUCUUGUCAGGCAUCUGCCCAGUCAUCCAGCUCGCAAAAUAACCCAGCCACCAAAGCCAGCCGCUCGGUUGAGCCAGCCAUCUAACCAGAUAGUCAAGUCACCCAGCCAGUCACCUCUCCUCCCGCCCACUCAACCACCCACCCCACCCACCUAGCAGUCCAGAAUAUUACCCAGCCAGCCAGAAACUUACUCAGCCAGCCUCUCUUCAAAAUGUCUUGGCUAACUCCCAUUCCUCUACCCCCCACCUCCACUGACUCCGCCCGUCUGCAUCUCUUGGUGUAAUUUCCUGUGUGACUGGGCUGGGCUUAAUACUUUACUGGGCUGCGCUCGGUUUUCGAGAGAGAGUGGGAGAGAGCGCGGCUGGGGUGGUUGAGUACCCGCAGUGAACGCCAGGGAAUAUUUGAGUCGCUCCGAGUUGAGUCCGCGGCAUAAGAGGAACGGCGAGAAGGGCCGAGUUCGCGCUCACGGGUCCACGACAGCUUCGCCUCCAACUUGGCCCGUCUCGCCUUGGCGUCCCCGUCACCUCGCGAGUGCCGCGUGAAACAGCGCCACAAUGAGCUGGGGCUUCCUAACGCGUCUCCUUGACGAGAUCAGCAACCACUCGACCUACGUGGGCAAGAUUUGGUUCACCGCCUUCCUCAUGUUUCGCAUCAUCCUCACGUGCGUGGGCGGCGAGACCAUCUACUACGACGAGCAGAGCGCCUUCGUGUGCAACACGCAGCAGCCGGGCUGCGAGAACGUCUGCUACGAUAGGUUCGCGCCCCUGUCGCACGUCCGCUUCUGGGUCUUCCAGACCAUCGUCGUCGCCGUGCCGUCCGUCGUCUACCUCGGCUACGCCAUGCACCGCCUGAGCCGGGCGGAAGAAGCCCGGGGGAGCGUCGCGCCAAGGAGCAAGAGCCGACCGGCGACGGCCACCCAUCGGGCUCAGCACCGCCACGUCGAGGAGACGGAGGGCGACCACGAGGAGGACCCCAUGAUCGUCGAGGUGGCCGACGAGGACGCGCCCAAGGCCUCCGCCAAGGGGGGCAAGGAGGAGUCGCCGCCGCCCUCGAGGCACGAUGGGCGCAGGAGGAUCCACCGGGAGGGGCUGAUGAAGAUGUACGUGGUGCAGCUGCUCAUGCGCACCGUCUUCGAAGUGGCAUUCCUCUUCGGGCAGUACGUCAUGUACGGCUUCGCGGUCACGGCGCGCUUCGAGUGCACGCGCUACCCCUGCCCGCACCGCGUCGACUGCUACGUGUCGCGCCCCACCGAGAAGACCACCUUCCUGCUCAUCAUGUACUCCUCCGUCAGCUUCUGCCUCCUGCUCAACUUCUGGGAGAUACUGCACCUGGGCCUCGGCUCCAUCCGAGACAUCCUGCGCGGCAAGAAGGAGCAUCAGCAGGAGGAGGAAGAGCGCCAGCAGUUGGCCCUGCGGCAGCAGCAGCAGUCCUUCUACCAGCAGCAGCAGCAGCAGCACCAGCAGAAGCACCAGCCGCCACCGCAGCAACAGCAACAACAGCAGCAACAGCAGCAGCAACAGCAGCAGGAGCAGCCGUUCCCCCUGAGCCCAGCGCCUUGCUACAACCAGCACUACCCGCGGCAGGCGCCGCACGCUCCGCCCGUCUACGACUCCCUGCACGCGGCGGCGGCGGCGCAGUUCCCCUCCAAGGUGCCCGACGGCAGUCGCUCGAUCGUGGCCAGCGUGCCGCAGGGCGUCUUCCCCGUGAGCAUGGAGAGGCAGCGGGCGGCGGCCACGGACGACGCGAGUUGCGGCCCGGCGCGCACGACGACGCCCGCCGGAGACGUCGGUCCGGCGGCGGCGGCCGCAACGGCGUUGCCACCUUCGUCGCCGGCCGCACCGCCCCCGUGUCCGGGAGAGGCGGCAGGACGGGGGGGGUUCCACCCGUCGGCAAACUCCUCCUCCUCCCGGCCCAGUUCCCCCGCGGGGUCAAACAACAGCGCGGCUGCGGCGGCGCAGAACCGGGUCAACAUGGCCUACGAGCAGCAGCAGGCGCAGCAGGCCGCUGCAGCAGCAGCAGCCGCCACCGCAGGAGGAGGAGGAGGAGGCGCCGUGGCGGCCAACGGCUGCGUCAAGACGGCAGCCGGGGGGGACAAGCAGGGCUCGGUGUGGAUUUAAGUCGAGGGGGGGGGGGGGUUGCUGCGCUUGAGGGUGACGGGUGGUGGAGGGGACCGGUGUAACCAUCUCUCUCCCCCCACCCCUAACCCCUCCACUGCUCUCGACAGCUCUCCCUCCCCAGCCUCUCCUCUCCGACUAUCGCCUGCCCCCCACCCACCCCACCUUCCCCAAACACACGCAGCACCCUGGAUGAGUCUGAGUCUUGCCUUCUACUUAAUGCUGAGGAUUUUAGAAGGGGUGGUGGUGGGGGGGGUGCGGCGGGGUUCGGAGCUGAUUAAGAAGUUGGUUUCGGUAUAAAUGUAGAUUUGUUUUCACCCGUCCACCGCAAGCCGGUGGCCUCUCAACGCCUCCACCCCCUCCUCCCCCAACACCCCCCACACCCCGGCCCCCCCCCCCCCCCCCGACUGAGGAAUGAGCUUCCGAUGUGCUCCUCCCUCUCUAGGGUCGUGGUGAUGGUAUUGUUGUUGGCUAUGGUGUUUCCAAGUUUCGUGGUGGCGAAAAUGAUUUUGGUGGUGGUGCUGAUGUGGUGAUGGUAGUACCGGUACUGUCGUGAUGCUUGUGGGGUGUAAGUGGUGAUGAUGCUGAUUGUGUGGAUAUUGGUAACUGAUGGCAGUAGUAGUGGUGGUGAUAGUGGUGGUGAUAGUGGUGGUGUUGGUGACGUUGGUGGUCGUGAGAAGUCGCCCUUGAACAACAACGGAUGGCAGAGGAGCCACGAUCAAAACAACGAGCGGAGCAGUCAACCCAUAACACCCGGGUCUGUCCCGUGACCUGCCAGCAACGAGUCUUCCACACUUAACGUGGCCUCUACGUGCACCUAGCCUGGCACAGGAGCCGUGGUGAUGUCACGGCCGCUUCGUGGCGACUGUUGUUGGUGGCUGUUUAGUGGUGGUGCUGCUGCUGAUAUUGGUUGUGUUGGUGGUGGUGGUGGUGAUGAGAGCGCGACCGCUAAACUCAUCAAAGCUGUCACUCGCAGCUCUGGAUAUAGAACGUUCCCAGGACAUUCGUACUUGGGCCAGCCUCGCCAGGGUUCGUCACGCUGGAGUUGGACGGAGCCGAGGUUAGGCGCAGGAGGGGAAGGGUGGCGGGAUGGAGGCAGCCUGUGAGGGCGGGAGACGGCCACUGAGUCAUCCCGUGCCUUGCCAGCUUCUCUGAUCUUCCUCCCCCCUUUAUUGUCAUCGUCACCACUACCACAACCAUCGCGUGCGGCAGAUCCUUACUUGACAUUCCAGAGAAAGUCGUGCGAUGUUUGAGUGGCGUUCUUUAUCAAUACGCAGCAGCAGCAGCGAACGAAGGUGGUUUGUGGAUAAGCUCGUAUCUAUUACAUCUUUAAUAGUGCUUUUGUUGCUGGUCGCUUGGCGUUUUGUGCUUUUUUUUUGGACUGCGCUCAGCAACCGCGAUAGAGUAAAUAGUCGGCCUGCGUAGGAAGACGCAAUUGCAUUCGGCGCGCGGAGACGCGCACGGUUUUAGCCUUCGCAAGCUUCCUCCUUUUUUUUUGUUGGGAUACUCACUCUGUCCUCAGCCGAGUCGGUUUCAUGAUUCGCCUGCGUGCUGUUCGUUCGGCAAAUACACAUUGUUGUGUGCGCGCGCACGCACGUGCAGCCUGCCCUGAGUGGAACGAACGUUCCGUAGCGAGCUGGCGAGUUCUGUUCCGCUCACCCUCAAACACGUUCGCCGCAUCUCGCCAUUCAACGAAUCGUCGGCAUUCGCUUCGACGACUUGUUAGACGUUCGACGCGUCCCUAGCUUGAGCUGAAGAAGCGAUGGUGGUCGAUACAUCGAUGAUUGUUGCACCCCCGCUUUUGAAGCUUAGAUCGCGCGCUGGCCCCCCCGAAUGAAAACAUUCCCUGCCCAUGUCAUCAGCCCCACUGUAAUCUGUACCCCCACGCUCGCACCACGCUCGCCUCCGUUCACAACCGUGAGGCCGGUGGUGGAAACUCCACAUGAGUAUGGCGGAGGCCAGUCACUCCACGUCCCGGUGUGAAAUCCAGCAUGACGAUGUCGCGCUCCGGCACGCGAGGGUGACGCUCAGCACCCCCCCCCCCACCCCGACGCCGCGCUACUCGCUCCCUGUCUCGCGAGGCGCGCCCGCUCCCGUGGCUGCCACUCCGUGUCCCCAUGCUCAUCCUGCACAUCGUGCCAUGGUCGUCCCUCCAUGGCACACGAGCAGGUGGCCUUCCCAAAACCCUCAUUGACCUCGACUGCUAGAAUUUUUAUUUUUUAGCAGGUAAGCCUCCCCGAGCUAUGCAGCUCUUUUUCUGAAGCGACCUGCAAAAAAAAACAAAUGAUAGCUCAGCGAAGCGGCUUAUCACGUGGAAAUUUAUAGCGGCCAAAUACUCAAAACGUGGAGGGAAACCCCGGAGGACCCGGAGAAAAUCCACGCAACCGCCGGGAGAUUAACAUGCAAACUUCUAAUUAUACAGGCGUCAGGGUUGGGAUGAAACCCACGACCUCCUGCAUACCAGGCGAGGGAGUUAACAUCUCUCAGAGUCCAUGCGAUUGCUGCUCUGCGUCACGUGGCCCUCUUCCUGUCUCUUAUUUCCCAGCAUUCCAACCCCGCCAUGCUUCUGUGCGCACUUCUCACCCUUGGUCCCAUUUACUUUGUCAACGUGUCCAUGUUUCAGAUCCGCAUGGCGUCGCAGGCAACAUGCGUGCAAUUGUACGCAAGUGAUCGUGAUCACCAAACGUGACUCGAAGGGCAUAUGUUAUGUAUGUUGAACUUCUUUCGCACCGCACGUAGCCUACCGCACUAAUCGGACAUGAUGGAUGCUGAAUAGGAGCUGGGUGAGCUCGUAACGGAGUGCUGUUGUGGAAAGUGGGACAUCGCGAUGGGUCUCGCUACUCCACAUUCGCGGCACAGGGGGUACAGGGUCCUUACAGCGGAGGGGUCCCGCGUUACUUGGAGUGAGGUUGUGGGCCCCCAGGCCGCCCCCCCUCCCUUGGAGGGUGCGGGGGGGGUCCGACCCUAACCCCAGACAAUUGCCGAGUCCUUGGCGAGUCGAGGGCAGCGGCGCGCCUGUCUCGGGAUGCAAACUUGAGCGAGCAGAAGUCGCUCGGCGACACGAAGCGAAAGAAGAUUCUUGAAAGUUCUCCCAAGAGAAGAGAGAACUCGAACCAAAGGGCCCCGCAAUAACCCCGGCUCUCCCCCCGCCGUCUUACCCCACGCGUCGCGUGACAAAAUGCUUACACUUUCUGAAAGGAAGACUCAGACGACAAACAGCUCUGGUAGAUGCACACUUUAGGCUGCGUGUCAAACACCGUUGACGUUGCGUUUUAAUGACGGAAGACCCAAAAAAAAAAGCGAUGUUCAAGUUAGGGUCUUGCGUCACGUCGCUCGACGGACGUGUUCAAGCGCACGUGGGUAACGUUGUGGUGUCAUCAGGACCAUGACUUUGAACGGCCGCAUUUUUCCAGAUUAUGAGACGCUCCGCUAAAGUUAAGAAGCGCCACAAAACGACUGCUCGGUGUCAAUGAACCAACUCUGGUUCCCGCACGCACACCGGAUUUGAAGAUGCACCCCAACGUUGCUUUGAAAUACGUGCGUCUUAUCGUCUGGAAAAGUCGGUAAUAGGGAGCUGUCUUAGCAGCGCUAUCUCGACGCAUCCAUCCCACAUCCAUUGUCUGAGAGCUGUUUGUUAUGGGCCGCGGCUUCUUUAAUUACACUUUUUGUCCACUUAUUUGUCACACGUCUUUAAAUAUUUCAUAUCAUCUUUAGUUAUAGUAUUUGGGUUUUUUUUUGUUUCAAUAGUAUUAUUUUUUAUUUCCCACAAAUGUAACGGAAGAAACAAACGGCACGCGGCGUUUUGCCGAGCCACACUACAAAAGCAGCGUGAGCUUUACUUUCGGCGUUACUCCGAAGCGCCGCAGCGUCGAGUUUCACUCCCCAAAGCAUUUCAAUCAAAGUGCACGUGCUCGCAUUGUGACCCGUUUCCGUGCGUCACGUGCCCGCGUGCUUUGCGCACCACGUGCUCGCGUUUCCGGUGGUCGGUCGUCACGUGCCACGUGUCCGCGUGUCGAGCUGCGCGCGCGCACGCAAUUCUCGGUUGUUAUUGUUGUCUUACAAAGUGCCUUUAAGAGUCGAGAUACUUGAAUUUAUAUGCGUUUAGCUUUGUCGGUGCACAUUGAUAAGUUUAGACACCCAACUCGCUUCGGGUGAGUGGCGAUUCUGAAAGGACAAUACCCCCCCCCCCCAAACUGAUCCACACCACCCCCCACUCCCAGGCCAUACUCGUGUGCCCCCACCUCUUAACCCCAUAUGCCCUCCAUUCAGGGGCAGCUCCUCAGGGUGGCUGGGCAGGCACCCAAGUUAAAGUUCAAAUUGUUCAUCGUGGACAAUGCCGGCACACCUGGCCAUCGCUUUCUUCCUUCUGCCAGUUUGCUCGUCAGUCUCACGGUCAAGGUGCCCGGGCACCUGCCCUUGCAGUCUCGCCCAACUCCCGCAAGGAGCUUCGCCGCCAGCUUGUGGGGCAUUAGGCGUGUAACGAUGAUUCCCUUCCUGGCAGGUUCGAUACAUUCACCACAAUUAAGACGACGAUUCAACAAUCACUUGCUUGUCACUGCGGCACACGCAUUUAUCCCUCGCGGCUGUCCGGGGUGAUUCGAAGGUCGUCGUUUCUGACACGCGUGGCUAUGCGCACACGUCGUGAGCCGUAACAAUCGAUUUUAAAUCGACGAAUCGAUUGACCGUUACGUGCCUGGUGGGUAUUGGAUGCUCCCCCCCACCCCCCGCCGUUUGUUUUAGAAUCGCCACCGCCACGGCUGAGCGAGAUGGGGUUAGAGGUAGGGCUUUUUAGUCGGCACUCGCGCCUGUUGGCUGAUGGUGGAGGGCAGCCCGUGCCCUCGCAAGGAGGUCGUGUGGGCCCUAGAUGGGUCGGGGGUGGUGGGAGGGGGGGCACAGCGACACUCGGAUCUUUGCGAAGUGGGUGAGCAGAGGGAUUCGCGGUGAGUGGGGACGGAGUCACGGGAGUCGGACCGCUCAUUGAGGUUCAUUGUCCAAAUCCAGAGUCCUUAAUGGAGAGAUUCCUUCAUUGGCAAGGGAAACUCCCACGGAGAUCAUUCUGAACAGAGAGCGCUCUUGGUAGCGUUUCCACAGCAGAGAUUCCUUGAUGGAGAAAUGUAUGUUCUUCGAUGUUGAACUCGGCCUGAAUAGAGAGAUAUUCCUUGAUAGUGAGAUAUCUGUUUACAGAGAAACCGUCCAUCGUGGAGCCAGGAAGAGAGGUAUCUCACUUGAUGGAGAUAUACAUUGGUUAUGUAGAUAUUUCAUAGAUAAGUACCACUUAAUAGAGACAUACUUUCUCUUACAAAGAUAUAGAUUAUUUCAUUCAGAACAAAGAUAUCUCUUCACAGUGAGAUAUCCAUUGAUAUAAAUCCCUUUAUAUUAAGAUAUGUUAAUAGACACACGUGUUGGUUACAGAGAGUAUGCAAUAGAGGGAUCAUUCUUGAUAAAAAUUCAUUGAUAGAGAUCCUUCAUGACAGUCAUCCCUUCGUAGAGAUAUCGUCCUUCAAAGGCAUUCUCGAACAGCGUUGGUUUCUUCACUGACAAACAUCUUCCUUUUGAAGAAAGAUCCAUUGAUAGUUAAAAUAUCUUCAUAAGUGAAAUUCAGUUACAUAAAUGCCCCUUCAUAUACAAUUAAUUAUGAUUUUUCUUCUUAAAUAUGAUAACAAUGCUUUUUAUUUACCCUGGGAAACUAGUAAGUCUCGAGACUGUUUUUCAGCAGGAGGGUCCUACAUUGGGGAUAUUUGGAUAAUUCCACUUCUGGGAGUUUGGCACCGUGUGGGAUGAAACUAGAGAACUCGGGAGAAAGUCCACCACGCACGGUAUUCCCAGGCAUGAGUCUUCCAUCCAUAACUCGCCGUCAUCAUCAUCAUCAACUUAAUUUCCUGUAUUUCUUACCAGCUGAGAGAGAUUUAAAAUAAAAAAAAGUCUCUCUUUUCAGAGCACACCUGGGUGUGAAACAAGAGCUACCCAGAAAUAUGGUCACGUGUUCUUCUCGUUGCUAAUCUGCCACAUUUAAAAACCCACGUUUUCCGAACAUCGGUCAUUGCAAAACUUAUAACCCUAGCUAUUAACCCUUCCUAGAAUGCUGGUUGAUCACCGACGGGAUGAAAAGCGAGAACGUGUGUCCGCAUCAUUCAUUGUUUUUCACGUGCUCUGAUUAAAAAUCAAACGAACUUACUUUUUUAUAUCGAAUAAUCGACACCAAAGCCGCAUUGCUGUGCCCUUACGCUGCUGUUCUGAGCAGCCGCUUGCGAGGCGUGGGAGCUGCCCAAAGAAUUUCGUCGCGAGCCACGACCGAGCGAUGUUUGUUUCUGCGCCGAAAUACAGAACGAAACAAAUAAACUUCAUCAAUCGAUGUUGUUGGAA